UUUCCAAAUGCUUUUUGGCAUGACUGGGUAAUCGGUAAUCUUUCAGUAAGCGCACGCAUUUUCAUUUUUACAGCACACUUCAAAACCUCAGGGCAAAACCCCAUCCGAUUGACAGCAACAAAAAGCAAACCAAAAAAAAAUUGAAAACAAAAUUAAAAAACACACAAACCAUACACAAUAUAUAUUAUACAGUUUUAGUAAGCAACAGAACACCAGAGCAACUUUCGGCCCGAGUUUAAAUUAGUUGUUUUCGUUACUAUUACCGAAAGACCAUCUCUAUACACCGAUACCGAGUAUCUGCCACAUAACCUUAACCAUUGCCAAGGAAUGCAUCAGAGCAUCUGGAGUGCGCCGCAGGUGGGUGGUUCCGGUGGCGCCCUGAAGGCCCUGGCCAGGAAUGUGGCCAAUCAUCUGAAGCUGAACCGCUGCAACAUGAAGCGAGUGGUGGCCCAGGUGGUCGCCGAGCACCACACCCUCGGGGAGGUGGCCGACUACAAGGGUCACAUGUACUUCGCCAAGCCGGAUCGCUUGAAUUUUCAUGAGCUGAUUGCCCAGUCCAAGGAGGCCUUCGAUGAUCUGUUGCUCCACGAACCGCGAUCCCUGAAAAAGCAAGCCAUCAAACAGCGCUCGAAGUACACGGCCAAUACCAACGUUAAACUGCAGAUGAAAGUGUCGCCACCGCAACUGGCAAUGCCACCAAAGAAGCCAUCAAUUAUCCGAAAGGCCGGUCUGCCCAAGAAGCAAUCGAGGCCAAAAAUACGGAGUCGCAAGAAGAGCUCCACCACCAUUUUCCAGCUGGCGGAUGCAGGGCGGCGCAGUCUCAACGGCGUCAUCAUCGACGAAACCCACUUGCCCCAGGAUGGCGAGCAACGGGAGAUCCUGUUGCACGUGCCGCCCUCGCUGGUCAAGCGAUCACGAAGGCGUCUACGACCUGUCCCGACCAAGGAGACAGCGGACAAAGCGGCCAAGGACACCGAUCCAGGCAAGACAGAGCCACAAAAGGAUGGCGGCAAAAUCGCCGAGGAGAAGGUGCUGCAAGUGCAGAAGCGGCAGCCGGAGAAGAAACGCUGCCAGGAGCAGAAGCAGAAGCCACGGCCAGUGAGGAAACUGCAGGAAAACCAACAGAAAGAGCUCCUUCGCCACCGAGCGGGGUCACCUUCCGGCCACCGAGCGGGGUCACCUUCCGGCCACCGAGCGGGGUCACCUGCUCGCCACCAAGCGGGGUUACCUUCCGGCCACCGAGCGGGGUCACCUGCUCACCACCAAGCGGGGUCACCUUCUCGCCAACGAGCGGGGUCACCUGCUCGCCUCCGAUCGGGGUCACCUUCAGUGCCACAAACCCGACGCUCUCCCUCACCAGUGCGUUCCCAAAAAGUGUCUCCCGUCCAGAAAACGAUGCAAUCACUUCGCGCAAAAAGAUCCCUCAAGACCGUGAAUGUGAAGAGUCAACUGUGGCAUCAACGCAUCAGAGCGGGAGCCACCAAAGUGGCAACUGCCAAGCCUGCGGAAAAGGCGGAGAAAGUAGAGAAAAACAAAUCCAGAUCGAAGCUGAGGACACUCAGGAAAAGUCCGCAAAGAAGCUACGAAAAGCCGUGGAUAGUUAAACGCUCUAAUAAAAAGGCACGCUUGCUGGGAGGAUCGCAGUUGAAACUAAAGAAAACUCCACAGCGAACGAACAAUAUCGAAGCGAAAAGAAAGGAAAAGUCGGGUAAGGAAGCAAAAGUGGAGCAAUCAGCAGCAAGGAGCAGCAAGGUGGACACAGCGAGAAACUUUGGCCAACUGAAAGCCAAAAGAUCAUCGCAUGUGGGUCGCCAGAUGCGCAAGGUGAACUUCCCGUGGUACACGCCGUAUCAGUUUCAAGGAGCCGCCGGAGCAACGCAAAUACCAAAUGCCGGAGUCGGCAUACCGCCGUGCCAGCUGCUAAAGGAAAAGAGCCGCAAACUGAUCCAAAGACUGGCGGUCACCCAGCCAGUUUCGCCAAUGAAACGGCCCAACUUGACCAGUCGCCAGCGGCACAAUCUCCGCCUGCAGGAGCGCCUGAUCAGAGAUCUGCAGCGGGAGGAGGCCAUCGAUGAUCCACUGAGCCACGGAUCGGGCGUGUUUCGUCGAGCCCGCGGUGGAUGGCAGCCAAGUCAGCAACCCAAGAAGGAGCAGGAUCAGCAGAAUCAGCAGCAUCAGCAGGUUCAGCAGCAUCAGCAGCAUCAGCAGGUUCAGCAGGAUCAACAGGAUCAGCAGGAUCUUCGUUCUGUGGAGCGCGUGAGCUCGCGAAUCAAGCGUUUGCCAAAGGGCAGACGCUAUCGCCAGCCCAUCGCCACCAGCGAGCGGAUCAUGAUCCCAAACAUCCCACCACCGCCACCCAAGUUGAAUAGUAAUAUUAACAAUAAUAAUGAUGGUAAUCCCAAUCGAUCGAAGUCUCCAAGUCGUGGCAACGCGAUGCCGCGGGUGCGUCGACGAUGCCGAUCCGUGCCGGUGGACAGCAGUCUGGGCAGCAUCGCCCUGAUGGGUCAGCCGGUGCCAUCGAAGCAAACUCUGACCCCGGCCAAGCGUCAUCUGACCAUUGCAUUCAUGAACAAGCGAUCCGAGCGAGCCAAUGCAGCCAUUCAGCCCUGGAAGUAGCCUAUAUAACCUAUAUUCUAUAUAGCUGGCUUAGCUAUUGAUUCUGUUUAUUGAUUGGCGCUAAUAAAUUAUCAAGUUGGAAUGCCCAUUGACUGGCGUUGUUCCCAUGUUGAAUAUGCUUUAUAAA